AUGGAUAAGAGCAAAUCAGAUGUAAUAUGGACCGUGCACGUCGAAGUCCGACUCUCCACGAAAUCUAGACGACGCGUAGAUAUCAUCCAAGGUCUCGUCCGAGACUUUAUUACCAAUAACUAUGAUCCCAUCACACUCCCAUCCAUCCUCAAUGGAUGGGAAGGAGACCCGACCCUUGCUUCAUCGGUGGAACGAAUCGCAAUAUCAGAAUCACCAUGUCCAUUGAAGUUAUUACGCCUCAAAGAGGUGUCACUAGAAAUUCACGCUUACCAACCACACGAAACCGAUGCAGUCGAAGAAUAUGCUAAUGGAGCACCAGGCAGAGAUGGUGAGGAGAACGUGCUCGCUGCGAGCGUGUGCGAACUCCCAUGCAAGGCAUGGGAGGGAUUGUGGGAUGGCUUGAUAUAUGCGGAUAACAUCAAGUUGAAACUACUUGAUUAUAUUCACGCAACUUUUGUUCUGAGUGAUGCUGAUGUCGACUUUAACUUGGUGACAUGGAACCGUGUGGUCCUGUUACAUGGCCCUCCAGGGACAGGCAAGACAUCGUUAUGUCGGGCACUAGCUCAAAAAUUAUCCAUACGAUUAUCUCAUCGAUACUCUCAGUCACGCCUCCUAGAGAUCAACUCUCACUCCCUGUUUUCCCGUUGGUUCUCGGAGUCAGGAAAACUUGUACAGCGUCUGUUCAGUAACAUUAUGGAAAUGGUGGAAGAUGAAGACUGCUUCGUGGUUGUGCUGAUAGAUGAAGUAGAAUCCCUUACCGCAGCCAGAGCUGGCGCCAUGGCAGGCACAGAACCAUCAGACGGCUUGAGGGUGGUCAAUGCUCUCCUCACGCAACUGGACAAGCUCAGGUACCAGAAGAACGUCCUAGUGAUGUCCACAAGUAACCUUGCAAAAGCCAUAGAUUCGGCCUUCGUUGAUCGAGCAGAUAUCAUCCAAUACGUCGACUUACCCCCACGCGAAGCCAUCUAUGAGAUUCUUCGUAGCUCCCUGUGCGAAUUCAUCAAAAAAGGAAUACUACAGGAGACGACAGUACCAGCGCUUGACCGAGCGCUGUACAUUGAAAGCAGCAACAAGAAUCACUCUAGCGCAAGUGGUACCAUACUGCCUUAUUCACCAGAAAACCUUGCGUCUACUUUACUGGCUCUUGCUGAUAAAUGCAGAGCACAGCAACUUUCAGGACGUGCCCUUCGGCGUUUGCCCGUUCUUGCACUUGCGAGGUACAUUGGCAUUGGUGUUAGUACAUCAUCAACCACCAGCAAUCUCAACAGCUCGCGAUUUCAAACUAACAUACGCUUAUGGCUGGAGGCGAUGGAGAAAGUUCUCGAUGAUCGAGCUGCAGAUCACAAAAAACUUUUGUAG